AUGUUAUUGAGUGAUAACAUCUUGGGACCCAAAGAAACAUAUGACGAAAUUGAGCCAUGUGUUAAUAUCACCAGCGAAAGACAGCCACUUAGAGUGACAUAUACCAUCAACAGAAAAGUGUACAAUGAAGAAGAAUUUGAAAGAGAUCAUGACCAAAAGAUUUAUUCACAAACCAAUCAGGACUUUGAGAGCCCUCCAGUUGGACACAAGAUUCAGUGCAGAUUCUCAUUUGCGCGGUUCAAGGAGUUACUCAUCAAGACAUUUCCCAUUCUAAACUGGAUGUUUUCUUAUCGUAUCACGGAAUGGAUUCUAGGAGACAUUCACGCUGGCAUAACUGUGGGAUUGGUGCAGAUUUUUCAAGGACUAUCGGGAAUAUUGUUAACUGGAUUACCACUACCAGUUGUCAAUAGCUUUUAUUCUGCAUUUUGCUGUUCUUUGACAUAUGUCAUAUUUGGAACAUCACGACAUAUAUCAAUUGGUUCCUUCAGCAUUCUGAAUGUAAUGGUGGCAAACUUUCACAGCGCUCUUGAUUUCAAAAUUAAGCCAUCUGGUAAUGCCAGUCUGGCCAGCUUCUCUGAUGCAACCUUUAUGAAAAAUUACAUGGAGGUAUUAACAUACACUGCAUCUACAACAUUUCUAGUUGGCAUGAUUCAGAUCCUUUUAGGUGUUUUUGGCUUGGGAUUUGUCACAACGUAUGUAUCGGAAAGUCUCAUGAAUGCUUACCUCACUGCAGCGGCAUUGCAUGUUAUUAUGUCCCAGUUUUCUUUCAUCUUCGGGAUCGCUAUUGACUUUCAUUCAGGUCCUUUGGCAUUUUUUUACAACCUGGCGUAUUACUGCAUGGGUCUUCCAAAAGCGAAUUCCACCAGUAUACUGCUCUUCUUGCUUUCAAUGCUAAUGCUGAGGGUUAGUAAAUGCAUUAAGAUAACUUACAAGCACUACCCUGUGGAGUUUCCAAUGGAGCUUCUUUUGAUUAUUGUAUUUACUGUCAUUUCGAGCCAAACACACCUAUAUGCCGAAUCCAGUAAAGGGGUGUUUAACAUGGCUCCACAAAGCUUUUUGCAUCCUGCAUUACCAGACGUUUCCAAAUGGAAGAAGAUGGCGCUACAUGCUUCAUCACUGGCAAUAGUGAGCUAUUUCCUUCUCAUUUUUGUGGGAAAGAAGUAUGCAAGUUUGCAUAACUAUCACAUCAGACACACCCAGGAUUUAAUGGCAAUUGGCCUAUGCAAUAUCUUCAGUUCAUUUUUUAAGAGCUUUGUUGUCAGCUGUUCUAUUUCUACAACUGUUAUUCAGGAGAAGUCAGGUGGAAAAACUCAGCUUGCAGCUCUUAUUGGAGUUUCCUUAAUGCUGGGGAUCGUGCUAAAGCUGGGAUACUACUUCCAGUACCUUCCUAAUUCUGUUUUAGCUGCUAUUAUACUGGUCAACAUGUUCCCAUUUCUGGAGAAAUUUAUGGAUAUCCCUUUCUUGUGGAGGCAAGAUAAGUAUGAUUUUGGCAUUUGGAUUGUGACAUUUCUAGCUGUGCUCUGCCUUGGUCUGGAUAUAGGCUUGGGAAUUGCGAUGGGAUUUGCCUUUUUCAUAAUAAGUGUCCGGUCACAAAGAAUGAAGAUGUUGACCUUAGGCCAGAUCCCAAGCACCAAUAUUUAUCGCAGUUUUUCUGAUUACAAUGAGGCUAUAGAGAUUCAAGGUUUGAAGAUAUUCCAGUGCUGUGCUUCUAUUUCAUUUGCAAAUAUGAAGAAUUUCAAAAGAUACAUUUUGCGUAAGAUGGAUAUGAAGGCUGUGCCCUUGGAUGAAAACGAGAUGAGAGCUUUGAUCUCACACAGUAUGUCUACUGUUAAAGGACAGAGCGCGGAUUUAAAGUGUUCCUGUGUUUGUGACCCCCCUGAACCAUUACCCAGGGUGCCUUAUACGGAGAAACUUAUACGGCGAGUUCAUACAUCUAAUGAGACAUUCUCUUCUUCUUCUUUGGCCUUGGUACGCUGGACAAGGAAUGACAGUAGAUAUCUUUCUGAUACUGACUAUGUGCAGCCUCUCGGAGAAAGGGUAGAAGGAAACGAUUAUACAAAAAGGAAAGAAAAUGUGGGCAAAUUAUGGCCUUGCACAGAUCCUCCUUUAACAAAAUCCACAACUCAAUUGUACCCGCUUGAUUCAGACUCUGCAGUGUAUAUGAUCCACACCAUUAUUUUGGACUUCAGCAUGGUGCACUUUGUUGAUUUGCAAGCAUCUUACUUAUUACGGGGGCUUUGUCAUGCAUUUCAGAAUAUUGGCAUCACAGUUCUGAUAGCUGCAUGUCAUCCCACGGUAAUGAGAUCUUUUGAAAAGAUGGAUUUUUUUGACCAGUGUGUCACUAAAGCACGAUUCUUUCCGACUCUACAUGAUGCCGUACUUUAUGCUGUGGAGCCAGAUCUCUUGCAAGAGGCGGUGCCAGUGGAAGAUGGGAACAUGCUGCCUGACGAAGUCUUUGCUGAUGUACAUUUAGAUGACCAAAAGGACAGAAGGAGUCAGCUAUCAGGGAGGAAUCCACAAUUAGACAGGAUUAGUGAGCACUCAGAAGGGAUCAGAGAUAACUCGCUGAAAACAUUUCCGAGUGAUGCUUACCUUGAUGAGCCUAUAUCGGAUCUUUUCCGCACGUUUUCUCUCCAGAGCGACGUUGAAGUAAUCCCUCACCAUCUUGAAACGUCUCCUGUGGAAGAAAAUGAAGACGAUCAAGACUGGAAUCGGAAAUGGCAGUAUCCCAAUGAUGUCUAAGUUAUGAGAGCUAUCAGAAUUUAGCUACAUAAAAAUGGCACAGAUUUGACUCAAUUCAGAUAGUUCUCAUU